UUACUCUCUAGUUUUUACAAAUUAAAUAAUUCCAUUUAUUUUAUAUCUUUUAAUAUAAGUAAUUGUUUCAUCUUAAUUAAGUUUUACAGAAAGAAUUACAAAAAAAAAUCAACUUUUUACGUCAGGUUAUACACCAGCUAAUUAUAAUAUUUAUACUGUUCUACCAACCUCUAGUCUAAACUUUAAAGUCUGAGCACUUUGUGUGUGGAUACUUUGCGGAAAUCAACAAUUCAACUUAAAAAAAUUUGUUUGAUUUUUUUUAUGAUUUUAUUUACACAAACAUGGUAGGUACUAUAGAAGCAAUUAAAAAAAAUUGAUUUUGGUUUUCAAAAAUCCAAAUAACAUUUAAAGUUUCAUAAUAAAUGUAAGAAGAUAGGUAAAUCAAAAAUUGUGCAAAAAAAUCCACUAACAUAAGCCGUUAAAAAAAAAAUUAUUUCCUUUACGAAUCACGCUGUUAUGAUGUGUGUUGACAUUCAUUGAUUAAAAAAAAAACCAAAAAAAAAUAUUAAUCCUUAAUAUAAACAGGAUACAUGAGUAAUAAAUAAUGUAAUUGUAAUUAUUAUUAGUCAAACACAUAACAUUAUGAUAUCUGUCGUACAUAUUAUUAUUACUAAUCCCGUAGAUCAGUUUCGAUUUUUACCAUAUUAUAAAUUAUCGCGACUACAGUAUGGAAUGUACUAACUUAAGGUAUUCGUUAAUAAUAUUCUAAAUUUGAUUUGUGUCGUUAAAAUAAAAUUAUCGAUAAAUUACAGAGCGGAGAGCGUGGACAAAACGAUUCUUAAGUGAUGGGGACGGGCUUUAAAAUAUUAAAUGGAAUUUCGAUAAAACCAACAGAUGGGGUGACCCAUCAGAGACGAAAGAGCGAUCAUGAAACUCUUACGAACAGUUGGUCGGCAGUUGUGCGUGCGGUAGGUUUAGUAUAAUAUAAUAUUAUAUUGGACAUCGAUUUGCCAGGGCCUGCGAAUGGUUUUGUUUUAAACAUUUUAAACCGAUUUUUGCGCGCCAUCACCCGAUUAUUUUGCAUUCCGUCGCGGCCCUGGCGCAAACGAUCGAAGACGAAACGACGACAAUAUAUUAUAAUAUAAAAUAUACCUAUCAUGGACUUGAUAGAAGUGGCACUAGAUCACAACGACAGUGCAUUGGAAAUUCAAUACGAUUUGGAAGACGAGCCAGAUAUUAGGAAGCGUGUCGAUGUUUGUCUGGUAUACGGCGUCAACGGAAAGCCGCCAUCGUACCUCACACCGCUGUUGGCCGUACAGAACGUAGUUACCACUUUAAGUUGUUUGAUCUUCGUGUAUAAUAUUUUGGCCCCGAAACUGUGCAUUUUGCCAGAAGACCCAGCACGUGCACACUUGCUGGCCACAGCCGUCAUGAUGGCCGGCAUCGGAACCUUGAUGCAGACAAUUUUGGGUGUCAGGCUUCCGAUCGUGCAGACCAGUGGAUUUGUGUACCUUUCUUGCACUCUACCCAUAUUGGAUCUUCCGAAAUGGCAGUGUAAUAGCAACAUCGAUCUGUUCACUAUGGGUCCCGAGGCCCGUACGCAAGUAUGGAAUCUCCGUGUUCAGAACAUCCAAGGUGCUAUGAUCAUCAUCGGUCUCAUACAAAUGUUUUUGGGGUACUCUGGAAUUGUCGGAAAAUCGCUGAAAUAUAUUACGCCACUGACCGUAGUUCCAACCAUGUGCCUCAUAGGGCUGUCGGUCAUUGAAAAAGGAGUGUUUCUCAUGUCGGGAAAUUGGACUACGGCCAUCAUGACACUAUUUUUACUGACAUUAUUCUCGCAAUAUUUACGUAAAGUCGCCAUUUCCUUGCCAGUCUACUCGUCUAAAGGUGGACUCUUCAGAGUGCGGUUGAAAAUUUUCGCACUGUUUUCGAUAUUACUCAGCGUGGGUAUUAUGUGGAUCGCGUGUGUUUACAUGACUUCCAAGAAUAAUCUAUUACCAACGGAUCCGGCAAACACAGAAUCGAAGGCUGGAGUAUUGCGUAACGCACCGAUAUUCCGAAUACCUUACCCGUUUCAAUGGGGUUGGCCGACAGUUAGUUUGACAUCGAUAUGUGCCAUGCUACCAGCGCUUUUUGCCAAUAUUGUAGAGUCUGUUGCCAAUUAUUACACGUGUGCGAGAUUUGCCAAUUUGACAAAACCUCCACCGAGUGCGGUGAAUCGGGGUAUCGGCAUCCAAGGUAUCAGUACGAUUUUUGCCGGUUUCCUUGGUACAGGUUCCGGCGUUAGCUCAUCCAGUGAAAAUGUGGGAAAUAUUGGCAUCACCCGAGUGUGUAGUAGAAACGUGAUUGGACUCGCAGCCUGCAUAUUGAUCGUUGCAUCCACGUUUACCAAACUAAUCGCAUUGUUGGUGACUUUGCCUGAUCCAGUACUCGGCGCAAUGACAUCCGUACUACUCGUGUUGAUCGGAGCCGUAGCGCUGUCUAAUCUACAGUUCAUAAAUCUCAACUCGUUAAGGAACAUGUAUAUUCUCGGAUUGUCAAUAUUUUUUGGAUUGGCGAUUCCAAAGUACGUAUUGGUACAAGGUAAUACUAUUAAUACCAAAUACGAAACCGUCAACGACGUCCUUAUUGCGUAUCUGUCCUCUGGAAUAUUUAUCAGUGGAUUUAUUGGUUUUAUUUUAGAUAACACUAUUCCAGUUGAUGACGAUGACGCAAUGAACAAUAACGGGUACCACAAUCCCGGAGACGAACUUAUGAUAUCCAACAAAACCGUAGACGAACAAGUAUACAAGAUUUCAGAUUGCCUCUACGAUAAAAUUAAUUCUUUUUUAACAUUUUUCAUGUAACACGUAAUAUAAUAAUAUUAUUACGUUAUACUUACAUGUUUAUCUAUAAAGCCUAAUACAUAUAUACUAUGUAUAUUCGAUUGACUGAUCACAAUUUUUUAUUUUAACUUUUUCAUACUUACAUUACUACUGUAUUUUGUUUGUGUAUUCAUUUUAUUUUUUUUAUUUUUAUGAUGUUUAUUUAUUAACUAUCUGUAAUAGUAUUGUAAAGUUCGAUGACUACGCGCAUUUGAUUCGUUUCAUGACGUGACAGAACUAUCUAUUUCCUGUGUCUAUUUAAAUAUAAUAUAUAAUUUAUAUAUAUAUAUAUUUUGAUUGUGAUUGGA